AACAUAAAAAAGUAUAAAUAUAUAUCUUAACAGAUAUUUUUCGUAGUACAAUCCAUUAGACAGCCAACCGUUCGGAAUUUCAAUGGCGUCGUCGUCUUUCUCGGCCUCGGCAAAUUGCUUCAGUUCCAGUACUACAAUAUCCGCAAUUAGAGGUUCUAGUAAUCAGAAACUCAACCUAGUUAACAAUGGCUUCUAUGAUUAUUCUUCCCCUGCUCGAUUUCCUCAUCUAAACAUCAAGGCUGCGAAGAAUGAUCGGAACACAAAACCUAAUAGCGUGAUUUGUGGCGAUUGCGAUGGAAAUGGUGCUGUUCUUUGCUCACAAUGCAAAGGAAAUGGAGUUAAUGCUGUUGAUUUCUUCAAUGGACAGUUCAAAGCCGGCGCAUCUUGUUGGCUGUGCGGUGGGAGAAAGGAAAUGUUGUGUGGGAAUUGCAAUGGGGCUGGCUUCAUUGGAGGUUUCCUCAGCACUUAUGACCAAUAGAAGUAUAUAUAUUAAGUUUAAUCCUUAUAAUUUUAGUUUUAGUUUUGUGCUGAAAAGGUCCUUAAAACUUUAAAAAAAUUUCAAUAGAUCUCUACUUUUAAUUUUGUGUCUAAUAA